UUUAUCUUUCUACAUUUUCGCUAUCAAGGACGCCAAAAUGAGUGAAUUUUCAUUGCGUGCAUCUUUCUUUGCUUCACUAGUUUUUGUCCUCCUUUAUUGCAAUCAAUGGAAGCAAGUAGACGCAAAGAGAAUAUUAAAAAAGGUUCAGCCUCACACGAUAGAGGAGGAAGGAUUCGAUUUCGGUCGUGACGUCGACAUUGAAGGCAUACUCAAAGAAAUGGAAGCCAUGGGCAUGCGUUCAAAACAUAACAAGAAAGCGUUAAAAAAUCCAAACAACGGCAGCAAGACAGGAAAAAAUUGGCCACCCUCAUCUUCAACUCAGCAGAUGCAACAUAACGGUUUUUUGGAAACUCAUGAAGACGUUCAGUCAAUCAUUCUAGAGAGGAAACAGCCGAAAGCAAUUGAUACGAACAAUAAAUCGACCUCCGACUCCUUGGAUUACUCACUUGUCAUCGAACAGUCAAUUCCGGCAGUUGAUUCCAAAUGGGAUCCGUCAGAAAUUUUUGUACAUUUAAACUCGACCCUCAACAGACAGAAGAGGUCGUUGGAUGACAGUGUGGUAGACAUCCUACAGCCCGUCACAGGCGGGAGGCAGGCGCGCUUCUACUACUACGAAACGAGUGAAGCCUUCAACACUUCUUUGGCAUUCUUACUUCCGCUUUACUCUUUCAGUUUGCCUGGUGCAGGUGACUCAGCGGUAGACGACGGCAUAGACGGUAACAUCUUCGGCACGUUGUCGUUCGUGAGCAUCACACUGCUGGCGUGGCUCGCGGUUGCCAUCUACACCACGACCCUAGGGCGGGCAGGGGGAGAGGAAGGGGAGACUGUGGAGGAGAGUGCUCGGUUGUCCAAUUCAAAAUCAAAUAUCACCUGUGUUUCAUCAGAAACUGUUGCAAAUUUCAAGUCAACAAAUAACAGACAGGAGAAGUCGAAGGAUAAUAGUGUGUCAGGCGUAUUGCAGCCCGUCAAAGGCGAGAGACAAGCACGUUUGUUCUACAAUUUCGCCAGGCGCUCCGCCUUCAACACUAGCGUUUCUUUCACCACCCCACUUUUCACCUUCUCAUAUCCAGGGGAGAACGUAAAAACGGACGACAUAGCAGACUACGGAUACUUCGGCACCUGGUCGUUCGUAAGCAUUUUCCUGCUAGGCUGGCUUGCGAUAGCGCUGUACUCUCACGUCAAUACCUACGCCGGGGACACUGGUAGCGCUGGUCGUCUCAUCAACCCCCUUAAGCACCCAGGCGACCUCAGCGUUCUGUCAGGGGCUGUACACGGGGCGCUGGAGGAGCUCGCCGACGCGCUGGAGGUGAAGUCUUGUACACACCUCGCCACAUGCGAGGCCUACACCGACCUGCAUGCAAACAGCCUGCUCAGCCUGCCCUUCAGGGCCUACACACCAUUACGGGACAACGUAACUGACGAGAGUGUGCUGACGUCACUCGAGGUCGCCGCACGUCGCUCGUCAGGAUCAGGAUCAUGUCGCAGGGAAUAUCCUUGCAUCGUUGAUCCCUUCGAGCUGAUGAACCUCGUCAUUGACUGG